UACACACACACAGUAAUUUGGAAUAUUUGAGAAGAAAAUGGCGUGAAAGACCGAUUGAGUAAGCGUCAAAGACCCAAGCAAUCGAUUUGGAAUAUUGGCGAAGAAAAUUCCAAAUAGUUCAUGGCCGCUCACUAGUUUCACCGCAACAAAGUCCACUCAAUCCGCCAAAUUUCGCCACUGUUUGUCGCUGUAUUCUAUCGGUAGUUAGAGAUUGAUAGAAUAAGUUCGUGUUGAUUCGGUUGUAGUUGAGGCCGAUCGUCUUGUUUUUUCUGAUAAUCGAGCGGAAAUGGAGAAUACUCAGCAGAUUGUAGUGGCUCAGAUGAGGAGAUUAGUGGAGGAGCAUGGGGUUCCUACAGAAAAGUAUGGAGAGCCGACGAUGAUGAGGUUUUUGAUCGCGAGGUCGAUGGACCCGGAGAAAGCAGCUAAGAUGUUUGUGCAAUGGCAGAAAUGGAGGGAUACGACGGUUCCCAAUGGGCGUAUUGAUGAAUCGGAGAUUAAAGAUGAACUGGAAGCGAGGAAGAUUUAUUUGCAGGGUUUGUCGAAGAAUGGGCACUCUGUGAUGAUCGUCAAAGGGAACAAGCAUUAUCCUGCCAAGGAUCAAGUUCAAUUCAAAAAGUAUGUGGCUUAUUCCUUGGACAAGAUAAUUGCAAGUGCUUUCCAAGGAAGAGAAAUUGGGAAUGAGAAGUUGAUUGCCAUUCUAGAUCUGCAGCAACUUUCAUACAAGAACAUCGAUCCACGUGGAUUGAUCACGGGCUUUCAGUCUUUGCAGGCUUAUUAUCCUGAACGCCUGGCAAAGUGUUACUUCUUACACAUGCCGCGGUUUUUUGUUAGUGUGUGGAGGAUGGUUUCUCGGUUCCUCGAGAAGGCAACUCUUGAAAAGAUUGUGAUUGUGAGCUGUGAAGAAGAAAGGAGAAGUAUUAUAGAGGAAAUUGGAGAAGAAGUGUUGCCAGUUGAGUAUGGUGGAAGGGCAAAGCUUAUUGCUCUUCAAGAUGUUGUCCUUCCUCACUUGGAUGCUUAAUUAUGUUGGGGAAAUUUUAAUUAACUGUUGUGUCAGCCUUAAAUGCCACGUGUCACUGUAUCAAACUAUAUAUGUACACACAUAUGAGCUCCAAUGAAAUUGUUUGAGCUAAUUCAGUACCUAAAGUUAGCAAUUAGCAUAGCUUUUAAUCUCUAAUUGGAAAAUUCUAAUUUAAUGCUACUUCGUCUUUCCCUUAGUAAGUCGUCUAGUUGAUAUGGAGAAUAUAGGAUGAAUUACAAUCCAUUCCUCUAUCUAAGUGAUUUUUGCUUCUUAUUUACGUUCUUAACUCUUCCUUGAUUA